AUGCAAGGCGACGGCCUACAGAGUCCGGUUCCUGGCGAGAGGGCUGUUGUGGUUGGCAACCCCUGCCAGGAUCGAACCGAAGCACUGGCCUACAUUUCCCAACAGGUUGCAAGCAUGGAUCUCGCAAACUCAGAGAUUUUGAGGGUGACGUUUGUGUUUCAGGCCUUCGAGAACUCUUUUCGGGCUUGGCGCGGUGCACCCGGCGCUGACCUUUAUUCAAAAAGUCAGAGAAGCGACUGGAUACAAACCUUCUGGAGCCAUUCCUGGCAUGGACAGUGCUGGAGAAAGGUCUUGACGCUUCUCGCCAUGUACAACGGCCCGCCAGCUAUAAUUUCGGGCACACUCGUUGCUGUUGCGAUGAUGUUCCUGUUCUCUUUCCAGGUUCUCCCGGAAUUCAUCCGUGGGGACGAGGGCUUAUUUCGCAAUAGGCCUUAUAGCUCGAUCUGGUCUGUGUGGUCUGGCUUUCUGAUCACUUCGCUGGUGAUGAUCUUUUGGAGGUCUCAGACUCGUAUCUUCUUCGAUCGAAUCUGCAUCAGUGAAGACAGGCGUUUGAAAAGUCAAGCCAUCGUUAGUCUGGCAGGGCUGCUGCGAAGGUCGGACUCGAUGCUCAUUCUUUGGGACCCAACUUGGACCCGAAGGUUGUGGUGUUUGUUCGAGCUUGCAGCCUUCUUGCGAAGCAGGGAGCAGGGCAAGGAAGCGAAGCGGAUCAUCACACCCACCCUGCUGGGGCCAGUUUGCUUUGGAGUCUUCUUGUGCACCAGCGCUGGCACGAUUACCCUCGCAAUGGUGCCUCUACAAAGAGAGCUCAUGAUUCUCAACCCUGGUCCUAUCUCCCUGGUUGCAGCAAUGGUCGUUGGCUUCACACUAGUGAGCCAUUUGCGCAAGUAUUUUCGAGAGUUAGACACUAUGAGGCAGCAAUUGCUGCUGAUCUCAUUCGAUACUGCUGAGUGUGCCUGCUGUGCCAGGAACCACGUCACACUGUCUGGCGAACCUGUGCUAUGCGACCGCAUAAUUUUGAAGGAAUGUGUGAUGACGUGGUUCGGUGACCUCGAAUCCUUUGAGAACACCAUACGGGCAGAGGUUCUGGCGGUUUUGACACGUGACCUCGAGCGAGUUUUGACCACAAAGUCUACCAUUGCAGUAUUUGCCCCCAUCAUGUGGCUUUCCAUGGAUGGGGCUGCCGUCCAGUGGUCGGUUGCAGGACAGCUCGAAUCCCCGGAUGCAUUGGCCUUCCUGCUCCAGGGUUUAUGCAUCUGGCUCGUGGGCAUGCCUACGUUGAAGGACUGGCUCCUUGACGUUUGCAAGGUUGCGCGGGCGAGGCCGAGCAACCAGUACCUCGAGGUCAUGAAAAACUUGCUAGCAGUACUUUCAGCCAGCAUUCCGAUCGUGUGCACGAUGGGGUGCUUUGUCACCCUUCAAUCCCUUGAUCUGCUUUCUCCACUGGAACGUGCUGCAGCUUUUUGCGGCGGUAUGUUGGUCUACAAAAUCUUGUCAUGGCGCCUCGGUGUUGUCCUCAAAGCCUUCAUUGGCCAUCAGACAUGA